AUGCUGGAAGAACAUGUCUUAGAAAAUCUAGGAUCCCUCCACGUAGAAAUAAUUCAUCGUCCUGAGAAUGUUUUAUGGUUAUGUAGAACUGAAGAAAUGACUCAUGGUUUCACCAAACUUACAGUGAUUGAACUGUUCAAUUGUUUAUUGGAAAUAUGA